AUGACUUCUCUUCCGCCUUCGCCUUCGCCUUCGUCCCCGUCCUCUUCGCCGUCUCCCUCUCCGUCAUCUUCGCCGUCUUCCUUCUUACCCCUGGCAGACACGCAGCAGCUCAAGCUCAAGCAGAACCAGUCAAAGCACCGCUUCGUAGUGCCGAGCUCCAAGCCUAGCCGCCGGAGAGAGUCGCUCGACGUCUUUCUCGACAGCCUCUCGCCCUGGGACCUGCUCUACAUCCGGAACCGCUUCCGCGACGGCCACGUCAAGAUGGAGGGCUUCGCCGGCCUGAGAGAACUGCCGCCAGAGGUCUUUGCCUCCAUUGUGCCUCAUCUGCGGCUGCAGGACGUGCUCAACUGCUUCUUGGUCAGCAAGGACUGGCGCGAGGCCUGGACGCAGGGGGUCGUUUCGACGUUUUUGUGCCGGCGCUUCUUCCCCGGCCUCUUGGAGCUCUACGGCGGCGACGUGCCAGAUCGUCACGAACUGUUUCUGGCCUCGGCCAAGCGCUAUCUGCGGAAGCACUUCAUUAGCCGCAGCAAGCGAUCAUUUGUCUCGUGGGAUGUGGGCUGGAGCUCUGAUUACUUCAUCAGCAGCGAAGAGGCGCCGCCGAGCCGUCAGCUUGGUGACUUGCGCAAGGUCGACUUUGGCUUCGCGCCUCUGACCAUCUGCUACUCUAAUGGCAAGAUGGCCUGGCAGCCGGACAACUGUCACCUCUUUGUCGACGACUUGUACACCCGGGAGAGGGCUCGCUUCAGCUUCGGUGUCGACUUCGUCUCGGGAAGGCCGCUGCAGCUACAGGCCGUCACCGACAGCCUCGUCAUCCUGGCAUCAAGUGCACCUUCGUACCGGGACAGAAACUUACCGGACAACGGACAAACCAUAACUGUCUUUCACCUGGAGAACCGGCUUUCUAAAAACGUCGUCCUCCCCGGCAAGUUUGCGCAGUGCUACGCCCAGGGGGACAUGGUGGCGUUUGUGACCAAGCAGGGACAUGUUGUCAUAUGGGGCUGGAGUGACACUGCCUAUGAACUAGAGAUUGACCACGGCGAGCACUUUCAUCAGCCCAAUGGCUGGGAAAAGGACCUGGGAGGCGUGCCCGGCGUCAUGUUUCAUCCAACGGACACAGACAUUGUCUUUGCAGGAUGGCUAAACUCGCCUCCACUGCCAGACUCCCGCAUCCACACCAUCGUCAUCAUCAAGUUUGACCGCGGCGUUCCUGUGGCUCGAUUCGAGACUUCACUCUCCCUGCCAGGCUACCGGCGACACCCCGACAGUCGGCACUCGUGUCCGGCCAUGCGCCUAACGCUUUCAUGCCAUAAGAUUGAUAAUUACGGUGGCUACGCCAUUGGGAUUGUCCAAUUUGUGCUCCUCAAAGAAGGCGCCCCCUGGGAAGAAGAGGAUAACAAAAAGAAUCCCGAAUGGCUCUGCAUCUGCUUCAAUGUCCUCACCGAGUCGUUUGCACAAAACAAGUAUGAGAGUCGCCGGAGGCCGUACCCACCAACGGUGAAACACUUUGACUUGUGUGUAUGGGAAGAUCAGUUCGUCAUUACCUGGUUCGACGAGUACCUGGUCAGCAGACACUACUCGUACGGUAUGCAGUGGCUGGUGGCCAGCCCCUCUAAUGAGCACGGAUGCCCACGCAUUAGUGAGCUCGAUGCUGCAAGUCUACGCCAUCGGUCGGAUAUCGCAGGCUACAUGUUUGAGAUUGGCUUUGCGCGGAGAAUCUUUGUGGACAAUGAUUUCCUCAUCAUCACAACCGGCCAGGGAUACAUGCUGCUCACAUGCAACGACGAAAUCGAUCUUCCCGGUAUAGUAAGCACGGAUGAGGAUGGCGUGCCUGAGUACUCCAAGAAUCCGCCCUGGCCCAUCCAGGGAGAGCGGAUUGAACCGCCGAGGCUGCUCGGCUCGUGGGAUACAAGAAAGGUUACAAGCCUGGAGAAGAUUUCGUGGGACACUGAUGCGGCAUGA